GUUUGAUUAAAGGCAGGCCGGCCCACUGGAUGAAGAGAUAAGAAACGGAGCACAACUCCCACACCACUGGAUGGUCAUCAGCGACCGAAGAGCAGAGCCGAGAUUGAGAAUAAACGAAGAAAGAAGAAGAACACAAAUGGAGGGUGCCGCGCAGAUCGCUCUUCCUGUUCUGGGAAUAGCGGCAGUUGCUGCUGUAACCUUCUACGCCGUGAGCUUCAUGGAGCUGCGGGAGAAAUCUUUCAGAGAGUUGGAGGACUCCGAGGAGAAAGAAAGCGUGGGCGGGUUCAGGUCGUCCGCCAGCACCAGGGAGCGGAGGGCUCGAAGAAAAGCCGAGAAAGAAGCCAGGAAAUGAUCGAUCGAUCGAUCGAUCAAUCAGUCGUCAGUUCUUUGUUGUUAGCUAGCCUACUCCUCGGCCUCCUUCAUCGUCUGCUUAUUUAUCCACCUUGAUCUAUGCUAGAUAAAUUCUAUCUGUAGUUAUAUAUUUGUGUUGUUCUCAUGCAAAUGAAAUUAAUUCAGGCCGUGGAUUGGAACCA